AUGUCGGGGGCUACUAUGGCGAGGGCCAACUUCAAGAAGUACACAGACAUCACGAAUCCACUGGCCGCCGGACAGACCGACACUCCUGACGGGAGCACCAGCACCGACGCGUGGCGCGACUCAGAAAACGUGAAGUCGGGCCGCCAAAAGGAGGAGGGGGAGGAGGAUGAAGCAGAAGAAGAAGAGGACCCGUUUGGCCUGGGAUCUAUCAUGUCCAAAGCCGAAAAAGACGAUGAGGAAGAGGAACAGGAAGAGGAACAGGAAGAGGAAGAAGACCCCUUUGGCCUUGGAGCCAUCAUGGACGAACCAAACAAGGACGCUGACACCUCAACCAAUAAACGCAGCGGCAGUGGCGCGGACGAACCCCGACAGAAGAAGGCGCAAAAGACGACAGCUGACGGUACAACCGGCGGAUACUUCAAGGGAACGACGUCGUUGACAUCCGCCCAAUCUUCAGUGGCGGAGGCAUCGCGACAGCCAUUUCGGGCCGCGGACUCCUUUAGCGGCGCACGGAAGGGCUAUGUCUUCCAGAAAGGUCCUCUGGGUCUGGGUUACUACGCGGACAGGGUUCAGAUUCGCGCAGCAGCGGCUGCGGAUGCCGUGGUGGCAGCAUCGAGAGCUAAGAGCCGAGGGCCAGAGGCGCGAGGUUCUGGAGGAAGGCCGGAGACGGAGGGCCGUGAGAAAAAAACGCAGACGGUGGACGUGGCAGCCUCGCUGCAGAAACUCAAGGUGUUCAUUCUGAAGCCCAAGAAAGCGGCGAAAGCGGCGUCGCUCAUGGCAGACCUGAUGGAGGCGCAUUUGCGUCCGGAGAAUGCCCGGAUGUUUUUCAGGGCGCUCAAACCCCUUGCGGAAGAACCGGCUGGCGAAGCGGCUCUUGCCGCCGGGGAAGGAGGCGCGAGAGCGUUUCGAAAGCUCGCGCAGAGGGCAUCGGAGUGGGUUGGAGCGCCGUCGGAGGGGGUGCGGGCGGUGACCUGGGAACUCCUCUUCGGGUUGCGGCAUGACACGAAGACGGAUGACUCGUUUACAUUCGCUCGCGCCAUCAAGCGCCUCCGUGAAGCCAUCGAAGCCUUAGGCGGCGUCACGGGUGGGGGCAAGGCCACCGACGGUACUGCCGGCGAAGGCGACGAUGGUGAGGGAACCGGGUCGGCGGGAGGAAACAGGGUCUCGCUUUCCUUGGAGCGCAAAACGGCGCUAAUCUUGGUCAUGAAAGAGGCGUUCAAGAGCUACCACCUGGCAUGGGCGAGAUCGUCGAUUGAACCAGCCUUCAAGGCGGCGGCAGAUCGCCGGCGACUCUUCCCGGAGGGGGAUCUGCGCGACACGCUGGACGAUUUCACCGACGCCAUCACCAAAAGGCAAAGAAACCCUGGAGGGUUGAUGGCUCCACCUUCCAGAUCGGUCAGAGCCCACAACAGCACGGCGCAUCCGAUGCUCAACAAGCGCUCGGACGUCAUCCGUUGA